AGGACGCAGGAAACACUUCAGCCAGACGCAGGAAGAGUGAUGGGGCGAAGGUGGCUAUAAGCUGGAAAAGUUUGAAGAAGGUGGCUGGAAGGACGCAGAUUGAAGAUGGCGACGAGAAGCAGGAAAAUUGUAGAGAAGUCGCCAAGGAAAAUAUGAAGAUGCUGGAACAGUUUGAAGAAGUCGGCUGGACUCGGCGCAGGAAAAGUGGAGAGACGGAAGCUAGAAGACAGGACACUGGACAGGCAAACGACGAAAACUUGUAGGGGUAUCAGGCAGUUUAUACCUGACGUACAAUGAAGGGAUGGACGAAAUGAAGAUAGUUCUAGCCAGGAUGACGACGAUGACUGCAGGGAUGUGGGAAACAGAUGUUCUGUUUCGUCUUUUCAGCAGCAAAAAGUUCAACUCACACAGAGUUACGGAAUAUAGGGGUUAGAAGAUGAAGAUGAAGAUAUGGAGACAGAUGUGGAUGUGAUGAUGCCUUGGGCAGGUGAAAAACCGCUGCUACCAAUUCACAAUGAUUGGAAUGCCCUCUAUGCUUAUUCUGCAUGUGAUUCAGAAUAGGGAGCCACUUAGCCUCCCGUAUGUCUUCCUCUUUAUCUGUGGUUGAGGAGGGCCACCAGUAGACAUGGUUGUUCACGCUUCUCUUCCAUUCUGCCGCCUGCUCGUAGCACUUCUCUUUUGCUAGCUUUUCAAUCUGACAGUGAUAAAUAUCAUGCUCUGUUUUGGUCUUGAAGGCAUUCCCUCAUCGUCCAAACUGUCUCUUGGGCAAAUUGGCAUGGUUUUGUUCUUCUCGGGGGAUCUCAGCAAGGCGUCUGCUGGAAGUUGCAGCUUUAUCGGCUGCUUGUUUCUAGUAAAAACAAUUUUCAUUUUUGAGUAGGGCUUUCGAAUUAUCGACUGAUUUAUUUGAAAAUCUUCAGCAUACCAUGUUAUCAGUAAACUAAUGCAAAUAUUUGUAAGCAUGCAUGUACACGGCUCCAGCCAUUUCUUCUGACACAGCAGAUGGGUUUCAUUAUCUGGGUCAAGAAGACCAAUGUCCUCUGUAUGGUAGAAUAGUGCAUGAAAUGAAGACAAUACAGCCUCAUACACAUCCCUCCAAAGUCUUUCUACAUUUGUAUGCGACAGUUGUGAAUGCUGCGCCCUGAGAUGAAACUACCUCUACCUUCACUUCACCUCUUGAUGGAUCAAGGCCUUCACCAAAUGUGUUUUCUCCUCCCUUGUCCCCUCUUACUCUGGAUGGUAGUCCCCUUUCAGCUACAGCUUCCUUAAUGCAGUCAAGCACUGUCUCUGACCAGUUGUUGUCACAAAUGCGACGAUUGAUGCUGCCAUGCACAAAGAACCGCCACCUAUAUGUACAUGAAUCAUGUUUAUUUGUUUAGUGUGGACUACUAAUUCUCAUUACGAGUCGGAUUAAGAAGUGAGACUUGCUCUACAUGUGGGUCAGUUGAAUUUUUGUGGGAGGCCUAUUAUACAUGUAAGUGGUUGCGGAGGUCCGACUCAAUCUUCUGAUUGAUCAUUACAGAUCAUUCCCCUAAUUUUGCUUGCAUUUAACCGGUUCUUACUUACUAUUUUCUCAGCUGCCGUUAGAAAACCACUAAGAUAGACAAUCUACUAAAACUCGUCUGUCCUCCCACCCCGGCUCAAGGAACAAUGAGGCUGAUCAAGAUUUGCUGAUGUUCAUCGACACCGACGACGAUGACAUACCGAUUGGACAAUGCCAGCCGCCCCCUCCACCACCCCGUCCAAGAAGACAAGAAAGACAAGAAUGAGACAGGCAAAUCAGGCCCACUCCAGACGCACUAAGCUAGGGUGGUACACCAUGCCAAAGUAGAAGUAAUCCGCUUGACUGGCCUGAGAAAUCGGGUUCGGAAACAGGCAACCAAGUUAGAACCAAAAGCUCAGCACUGUGAGACUCCGGACUGGCUCAGAGUCAAUAAAAACAUACCUACCCUUCCACUUGGCAUCUCCUGCCCUCCCGAGAUGAUUGUCUUGUGGAAAAGAAAACUGGCAGAGUGCACAGUGGAAUUGGGUCACCAGAUUCUGAGCAAGUACCGUUCGAAGCUUGCCUCGCUGGAGGACCAACUAGCAUCAGUCAAAACAGCUGGGUUGAGCCUGAUUGAUGCCAAGAUCCAGGACCAUACGGAGCGGCAGAGAGCACACCGAGUCUUUCACAUCAUCGCAGAGUCCGCGGAGCAGAAGGAGGGCCUGUUUCCAGCCUCACGGGGUGGGCAGCGUAGAUAGUUCCUCUCACAUACGACACCUAGCUGUCAGCCGGUUUGGUGAGCUGCAUGAGCCAAUGGCUGGCAUGCAUCGUGAUGUGGCCAUGGGAGACGUGGGUGGGAUGCCACCCCAUGGAAUGACAGGAGUGGUCUGGAACCCUGUAGCCACCAUGCAACUUCAUUGCAUCAAUCCAAAGAUGUGGGGAGCAUGGAUCCAGUGAGCCAUGUGACAUGAGGGCGCUGUUUGUCUCAGCAACGGCACACACAAUAAUGGUUGAGCUGAGUUUCCCUAGAUGUCCAGCAGCCAUAUAUGCUAC